GGCGCAUAACAAACGCGCCUUCUUUCGAGGUGCAAGUUGUCAAUGGUGCAGGCUGUGCUCGUACGUUGUCGAUUGGUUUCCUGUUGAUGGAUCCAGUGCUAUCAAGAGAAAAAAAUAUACUCAAUAAUUGCUGUAUUUCCGCAUUAUGAUUGCCAGUUUCAGCUGUCCAGUCGGAGAAGUUGGUCACUGAAUCGCAGACGAGUGAUCUCAGCCUUGUCCGAAAUCAAGUACUCUUGCAGUUAGAAAGCAUUGCUCAAUAAAAGUCUGUAAUUAUGUCAGCUUCUCAUCCAGGAGGAAAGGAAAAGAAGUACAGGCCAACAAAGAUACCUUUAUCAAAGAAUGGAAAAGAAGAAGCCAGACCACCAGGGAAUUUGUCCGAUAGUACAACGUUGACAAUCGAUGGACAGAGGGUCGAAACACAUUGUAGUGACCUAAAAAGUGUCAAAGAAUUGGGGCGUGGAGCUUAUGGUGUUGUGGAGAAAAUGGUUCAUCAAAAAUCAAAACAUGAAAUGGCAGUCAAACGCAUUAGAGCAAGCGUUAAUACAACUGAGCAAAAGAGAUUGCUUAUGGACCUCGAUGUUUCAAUGAGAUUAGCUCAGUGCCCAUACACAGUACAGUUUUACGGUGCUCUCUUCAAAGAGGGUGACGUAUGGAUUUGCAUGGAGCUGAUGACAACAUCACUUGAAAGGUUCUACAAAAGUGUGAGCACCAGUGGGCAGCAGAUAACAGAACCAAUCUUGGGAAAGAUUGCGUUUUGUGUUGUUAACGCACUGGAGUAUCUGCACAGUAAACUUAGUGUUAUUCAUAGAGAUGUUAAGCCUUCAAAUAUACUUAUUAACUACAAUGGAGAUGUAAAGCUUUGUGAUUUUGGAAUAUCUGGUCAGCUUGUUGACUCAAUGGCAAAAACAAUGGAGGCAGGCUGUAAGCCGUACAUGGCACCUGAAAGGAUUGAUCCUUCCUGUUCUUCUAAAGGCUAUGAUAUUCGAUCAGAUGUUUGGAGUUUUGGAAUAACUAUGGCAAAAAUAUCAACAGGAAACUUUCCCUAUCAGGGAUGGAAAACACCUUUUGAUCAGCUUAGGGCAGUUGUUGAGAGUCCUUCUCCAUCAAUCCCAGUCGAUCUUGGUCAUUCCGAUGAUCUUCAUCAAUUUGUUGAUUCAUGCCUAAAGAAAGAUUUCAAAGGAAGGCCAUAUUAUACAGAUUUAUUGGAACACCCAUUCAUCACAAAGUACAAAGAUGUGGAUAUUGAUGUAGCUGAAUUUGUGAAGCCGUUCUUAGAACAAAUUGAGGGUGCAACCAACACUCAGUAGGCUUCAGACUUAUCUAGUUAGUGACCAGCAUUUAAAUUUUUUGUUUAGCAUUGUAGAUUUGUCAGCAGAGACUUAAUCAAGUUAGAUCUGGAUUUAAUUCAGCUAGCUCCUCCUGCUAGCAAAAAACAUCUAAGCUAUCAUUAACAGCUACUUUACUUGCAUUUGGGGACAUUGGUGAUCAUUUGAGGGUUGAAAAUACAAAUUUUUUAUUCCUAUUAUUUGAUUUAUGUCUAUUUGAUGAUAAACCUAAUAACAUUUGAUAUCAUCCGUCAUUUGUGAUGUAUUUUCUGGCUGUAUCAUAUGUUUGCAGUUACAGAAAUAUUGAAGUAUAAUUAGUGCAAACAACUCAUGUAAGUCGUGCAGUUUAUUUAUCUGUAUUAAGGUUUUUUCAAAAUUUGGUUAAUUCUUGCUGACUUUAAGUAUCUACAUUUUUGAGCUUUAUCAAUGUUCUAUGCAAUUUAUUAUCACACCCAUCAGAAAUAUUGAAUAAUAUUCUUGGAGAGCCCAAUUUUAUUCCCUCUAAAAGCGGGUAAGCGGGUAAGAGACAAAAAACACCUAUCCUUUUGUGGAAAGUUUUUUUACUAUAAAUGUUUGUAAACUUGCUUUAUGAUGAGAGUUUGUCAGCACUUGCUAGCCUAAAUAUGGUGAUUGGCAAACACAUUAGAAUUUCAACAUGUAAGAGCAAUUUAUUAAAAGUAAUUUGAAUUGAUAUUAUUACUGCAUUUUAGAAUAAGAGUUAUGAUCAUUAAGUUUUCGUAAAUAGUUAUGUUGGCUGUUGUUUGAAAAUAUCAUUUUUGUAUAACUUAUAACAAAAAUUUCUCUAACCUAUUGUUUAUAAGAAAGAUAACUCACCUAUUGUCUUAAACAAAAAAAUCAUUUUAAGUAAAUAUUUGGCUCAAAGCAAGAUAUUCCUGAUCCCAAAAUUGAAGUAAAAGAAUGCAAAGCUAGGUUUCUUGUGUAUUAAUUUUCUUAAAACAGAUGUACAGUAAAUCAAUUAGCAAUGUUAGCAGAAUGUUUAUCCAAACUUAAUCCUUUGUUCCAGUUUUAAUUGUUUUCCCAGUUUUUAUGAUGACUAAACAUUUCAUUAGAAACCAAAUUAAAUCAAGAGAUUUGUUGAAA